AUGAGCCAAAGUGACGCCAGUUCCAAGCAGGUUGCGACGACGCCCUCGUCGUCGUCCAGCUGCCCUACAGAGAUGCUCUUUUCCAAGCUCAAGGCUGUGCCAGAGUCCAAGAGCCUGGAUCAUCUUGUGCGUUUCUUGGGCUCCUGGACAGGGUCUGACAAGUUCUUCAUGUUGAUCCAGUACGGUUCCAACGUGGUAGUGGCGCUUCUGAUGGCUCUGCAUGCACUGCGCCAGCGUCGCGGCAAGGGCUUCUCGGUAGCGCACCUGAUCCCUCGUGUGCGUGCGCUGAAUGCUCUCACGGCCGAUGCGCGUAUCCUCUUCCGUAUCUGGGGUCUCCUGCCUAUGCUCAAGUGGAUGCUGAGCUUGGCGCACCACCCGCCGCCCUCACGCAACCUGCGCCUGAUUGAGCGUCUGCAGGCGCUCUCCAUGGUCGUCUACGCACCCAUGGAGGCGGCGGCGUACUUGGCGAUGCACAAGAUUCUGCCGAUCUCCCCAGCCUCGCAGAACUUCUUGUGGCUGAACGGCUGUCGUCUAUGGGCUGCGUACGUGCUUCUGGACUUUUGGCAUGUAGUGGAAGACAACCGGUUGCUGCGUACCAAUGCCAAGGCCCUGGAAAAGUCGCGGGGUCAUCCAAGCCCGCACGACUCGGAAAAGGCGCUUUCGGAAGAGCAACAGACGACGCGCCGCAUGUGGUCGGAGCUGCGCCAGCGCAAAGACAUGCUUCUGUCCCAGUUCUGGGUGAAUGUGGGCUACCUCCCGCUGACGAUGCACUGGUCCGUCGAAGGUGGUCUCAUCACCGAUGGCUGGGUCGGUGUGUUUGGCACCAUUGCGGCGGUGGCCAGCACGCGGAUGCAGUGGAAGGCCACAGCCUAA